AUGCAAGGAUACAUUCUUCGCAGGUUACUGUACGCCAUCCCCACGAUAAUCGGCGUUUCCAUCAUCAUCUUCAUGGCGAUGCGCGUGGUGCCCGGGGAUCCAGUGAUGGUCAUGUUCGGGGAUGAGCCGGAGCUAAUCCGGCCGGAGGACCGGGCCAAAAUCGAGGCCGACCUGGGGCUGAGCGACCCCCUGGUGGUGCAGUACGGUAACUGGAUGAAGGACAUCGUCACCGGCAAAUUGGGAGUUUCCUUCUGGAGAGGUGACACCGUCGCCGACCUGAUCAAACGCCGGGGACCCCUGACCAUAGAGAUUGCCGUAUUGGCGAUCAUUCUCGCCUGGGUGAUCGGAGUGCCCGUCGGCAUCCUGUCGGCCCUGCAUCAGAAUUCGGUAGCGGACCACCUUGCCAGGUUCUUCACCGUUCUCUUUCUGGCGAUACCUAGCUUCUGGCUGGCAUCGCUGGCGGUGCUGGUCCUCCUCCUGGUGUGGGGGUGGGGAGCCCCCCUGGGGGUCAUAGACAUCUGGGAUGACCCGAUCCAGAACCUGCAAAUCGUGGUACGUCCGGUUAUCGUGCUGGGUCUGGCGGUGUCGGCUUACAUCGCGCGAAUGACCCGCUCCACGCUUCUUGAGGUAAUCCGCGAGGACUACAUCCGAACCGCUCGGGCGAAGGGGUUGCGGGAAAGGGUGGUGGUCUGGCGUCAUGGCCUGCGCAACUCCAUGCUGCCGGUGGUGACUCUGUCCGGCAUACUCUUCGGCUUCAUGCUCGAAGGCUCGGUGGUCUUGGAACAGGCCUUCAAUGUCCCAGGUCUGGGUAAAUCGAUGGUGGGAGCCUUCCGUGACAUUGACUACACUGUAAUCCAGAGCCUGGUUUUGCUCUACGGCGUGGUCUUCGUGGUGAUCAACCUGCUGAUCGAUAUUAGCUACGCUUGGCUAGAUCCUAGAAUACGCUACGGGAAAUAGUCCAUGUAGCUUGUCGCUAGAAUUGGGUGGGUGGCGUAGCGCAUUGCCUCACCCAAACCGUUACCCAACGAAGGUGGUUGCCUCGAAUAAAAUGUUACCCAAAAUCGGGGAGGCGAUCGCGUGAGAGGAAGCAUCAGCAAGAUAGCAAAACAGUAA